UAGAACCCAAGUUUUCACAUUCCGAUACCCAAAAAUAGCAAAAAAAACAACCCGCGGGGUAUAAUAUAUAUAUUAGUAUUAGUAACUCCCAAGAAUGGAUAUUUCUCAUAGCUAUUGUUGUGACCCACUUCCUACAGCAUCAUUAUCACCAGUGUCUAACAAUAGCAGCUCCUGCAUUAAUAGAGCUAGAGCUGAUCUUUCUGAAGAGGAAGUGAUGUUAGCUUCGAAUAACCCCAAGAAGCCAGCAGGGAGAAAGAAGUUUCAAGAAACUCGACACCCAGUAUACAGGGGAGUGAGGAAGAGGAAUUCAGACAAAUGGGUUUCUGAAGUCAGAGAACCAAAUAAGAAAUCAAGAAUAUGGCUUGGAACUUACCCCACUGCAGAAAUGGCGGCUAGAGCUCAUGACGUGGCGGCUAUUGCAUUAAGGGGUCGUUCUGCUUGCUUGAACUUCGCAGACUCUGUUUCGAAGUUGCCUAUCCCAGCUUCUACCGACGCUAAGGAUAUUCAGAGAGCGGCGGCGGAGGCCGCCGAGGCUUUCCGACCAUCUGAUCAGUCAGAAAGAGUUUCAGGAGAAUUUGCUGAAAUGCCAGAAAGUAAUAAUUUUUUUAUGGAUGAGGAAGCGCUCUUCUGCAUGCCGGGAUUGCUAACAGAUAUGGCCGAAGGACUAAUGUUACCUCCACCUAACUACGUAGAAGUUGGAGAUAAUGUGGAAGCUGCUGAUAUGACUCUAUGGAGUUAUUCUGUUUAAAUAUAUAGUUCUGAUUAUUGCUUCUAUCAGACAAUCUAGAUGUUCUCCCCUAUAACUACAGUUACUUAAAUUACUGUAGGAUUUAGAAGAUAGUAGUUUCGUACUCGGUAUUUGGAUGGUACGGAUUUACACAUGUUAUAAUUUAGUA